AUGGCGGUCGCCGCAAACAACUCCCUGCAUGUCGCGCGCCCUCUUGCGCCAGCAGUUAUCGGUGCAAAUGUCUCAACUGCCCCUUUGAACGUCGUGGUUCAACCCCAGGCUGUUUUUUCCAUCCUCGACCACGCUAUCCGCCGCGACGACUCGCAAACCCAAUCCGCGCGCGUCAUCGGCGCUCUUCUCGGCGUACGCUCGGAGGAUGGUAUGGAGGUAGAGGUUCGAAACUGUUUUGCGAUCCCGCACACCGAGAACCAGGACCAGGUCGAGGUCGAUGUCGAUUACCAGAAGAACAUGCUCGCGCUGCAGCUGAAGGCGAACCCCAGAGAGGUUCUGUUAGGAUGGUACACGACGAACCUGGGCCUUAACAACUUCAGCGCCUUGAUCCAGAACUUCUUCGCCAGCUCCGAGACUGGAACUUUCCCGCACCCUGCCGUCCACUUGACGAUCUCGAGUGAGGCUGGAAAAUACAUUGAGGCGAAGGCAUACGUCAGUGCGCCAGUCGGAGUGAAUGCUGAGCGUGCUGCGGAGACCUGCCUCUUCAUCCCAGUGCCCUACGAAAUCCGAUACGGCGAGACUGAGAAGAGUGGCCUUGAGCUGAUUUCUGGAGCCAAGGAUAGCGAAAACCGAGCUGCCCCAGUCGUCUCGGAUAUUGAGGGUCUGGAGCGUGCAGUUGAUCAGACAGUGGAUCUUCUGGAGAGAGUGUCGGAAUACGUCAACUCAGUUCUGGACGAGGAACGUGAACCUUCGAAUCCCUUGGGCCAAUUCCUCAUCAACGCCUUGUCAUUAUCGCCAAAGGUCGAUCCUCAAGAAAUCGAGCGAGACUUCAACAACCACAUCCAGGACGUGUUGGUAGUUUCAUACCUGGCCAACACUAUCCGCACUCAAAUCGAGCUGUCCCAAAGACUGGCAACGGCUACUCUCACGAUGGGUAGUUCAGAUGCUACGCCUGGAAACGGAGGAGAGGCUGGCUCCGAGAAUAAGGGACAACGCAGUGGUCGGGGUGGAAAACGUGGAGGAGGACGUGGCGGCGGAGGUGACAGAAAUAGAGAACCAAGAGAGCCCAGAGAGCCCAACGAAUAG